CAUUGGACGUUGCUCUUUCAAAAUGAAUCGGCGCGAAUAGCUUUCUAUUACGUCCUCGGGGGGCGUUUACAGCGGCUCCUCUCAUUUACUGCAGCUGAGUCCUAAUUUAUGGCACACUAAGAACUGAAUUCUUUGCUACUCUUGGACACUAAAGGCUGCUCGCACACUAACAAAGGAAUGUUUUACUGCUCUUGGACACUACUAUCUUAAGACUAAAGACUUCUGAAUUCAUCGAACAGACCGUUUUGUCUGUCACUACGAUUAUAUGGAUGAACUGUUGGACCUCGUCUGUGAGAAGGUUUUCCAGGACCCUGACCCACAUGUAGAUGAGCUGCUGAAGACCCCCGUUCCUGAGGAUCUUUGCCCAGUUUGAAAGACCCGAGAGGCAGGAAAUGAUAGCCUGCCAUGUUUUGAGGUUCAAUCAAGAAAGUUCUGAACCCCACGUACCUUCCUUAAGCAUCAGGAAAUUCUGGAUUCUGAAUUCAAACUCUUGGGCCCAGAAAGCCCCAACACCAGUUUACAGCUUACACUAAAUUACAAUUGAUUUGGUAGAGACAAACAAAAGCAAUAUAAAAUGCCUAUAUAUUUACUCAAGAAAACAAAGGAGGAAGAGGACCACGCAACAGAUGAUCUAUAUGAUCAGUGUAUUGAAAGUAUGCAGAAUGUGUGCAAGAUCUGUCACAAGCAGUGUAGAAAUUUGCUAAUACACUUGCAGAAAUCUAAAACAUGCCAAAUCCAUUUUGACAUGGAUUCUUUACGAAAACAAGCCAGGGAAAAACUAAAAUCAAAACAUUCUGAAGCUCAGGCUAAUUAUAGGCGACGGCAGUUACUGCAAGAUCCAAUUGCAUUUAGACGAAAACAUGCUAUGGAGCAGGCUGCUACCAACCAAAAGAAUAUUAGAAAAGAUCCUGUAGGAACGAGAGCCAAACAUGCUAGAGUGCAGGCAGCUAGCAGACAAAGACAAAUAGAAGAAGAUCCCGUAGGAACAAGAGCCAAACAUGCCAGAGUGCAGGCAGCUCGUGCUACAAGACAAAAAUUUCUCACAACAUUUCAAGAAGUGCCAUUUCAAGAAGCUCCCUCUUUGACUUCUUCAGUCAUAUAUCAGAGUCAGAACAGUGACAGCCUUGCUAAUGAGGUGACUGCACAGCAAAGCACAGACUCAGUGCUCCGUGACUCAGAGUCAGAAUCGCUGCAUCGAGAAAGAAUCCAGAUGAGGCCUGCCACAUCUCGAAAUAACAUGGAGUGUAUAGUGUGUGAAGAUGAUAAAAAUAUUGACAUGGAAAGUCCCCAUGAAACUAGUCAGGCGAAGGCAGAUGAUUCAACGAGCUCUGACUCUGACGACGAGGAUGAACCACACUCUAAACCCGCAGGCAUGUGUCCAAAUGAUCUAGAAUGGGAGAAGGCAGAUGAUUCAACGAGCUCUGACACUGACGACGAGGAUGAAACGUACUCUAAACCUCCAGACGUGCGUGAUGAUCCAGAAUAUAAUUCAGAAUCAGAUAGUGGCUCAGAUUCAAGUGCAACUAACUGUUCCAGUGACUCUUCCAACAAUCCACUCUCUAAAAUAACCCCAACAACCCCCCCUAAUCUUGAUAGUUCAGUUUGUUCUACAUGUGGCAGAGGGCCAUUUAGGUCACUUAAGCUCCAUUUGCGGCACUGUAGUCGUAUAAUGAUAAAAUAUCAGUGUUCACUGUGCAAGACGCUUCUCCCAACGGAGACGUCUCUUAAACAACACUACAUGUCUUUGUAUUCCUGUGAAAUCUGUGGCCAGGUUUUCUUUGACGAGAACUUGUACGAUGACCACCAGUGUCCCAAGGGGCGCAACAUGCCUUUUGUCUUCUUUUGCUCUGAGUCGAUGCCAAAAGAAUGUAAGAGAUGCAGUGCUUUUUUUACCUGUGAGAAAACUUUGUUAAAUCAUGUCACUAGAUUUCACGCGUCGGUGGUAAGCUCCAAGUUCCGCGUUAUUACCAAUCCAUUUGCGCUGACUAAUAAAAAGCUUUUAUUACCACGUGUCUCUAGCACAGCUGCCCAGUCAGCCACUAGUAGUUCUGGGCGCGUCCUGGUCUACAGCACUGCUACGUGUCAAAAUCCCAAUGCAGUCAGACAGGUUGUUAAUGUAAAGCUCUCUGUCGGCCAAACCUAUGCUGGAUCCCUGUCCACUGUUGUGAAGUCCAGCCCUUCCUCUCAUACAACAUCGUCCUCCCACACAAGCAUACCCCAAGCCCAGAUAUGCAUGACUUCUGCUGCUGCACCUGUCAGAUCAGGUCAGCCGACCAACCAGCCUUCAUGUCUUUCUGCGCCAUUAUUUCUCCCUCCCAGUGCUACUGACUCAACUCCAGCCACCCCAGUCGCUCACCCUGCCUCCCCACCAAUUCCUACCAUUAUGGCCCUUUUUGAGAAUGACAGCCGCAACGUGGCUUUGAUGAAGCGUAUGAACACAGACUGGCGUUCCAAGGCCUCUUACCCCUGCAGGCAGUGUGGUGCCAUCUUACGGCAGCCCUCCUACAUCAUCAGCCACCGCUACCUCCACCGAGGCCACCGAUCACACCGGUGCCAGUGCGGCCGAGCCUUUAAGCACCAGCUGCACCUCCUGCGACAUUGUGUUCAGCAUGCGGAGGCCAUGAGCUACAUCUGUGUCAGCUGUGGGGAGAGUUUCACAGGAGCAAAACUCUUAGCUGAGCACAUGGAGGGAAAAUCACGGAAGAAAUCCAAUUCUUCGGGAAAGUGUAAAAUACCCUUUACAUGUGACUGUGGACAACUGUUUUUUAGACCCUCUGCUUAUAUAUGGCAUCAACUUAAAAACAAGACAAAAACUAAACAAUGGAAGAAGCCCUUGAAAUGACAAAGUACUGUCACAACUCUGGUUUAUCCAUAGCUUGUACAUGUUUUUUACACUUUAAAACAAAGAGUUUACUCAAAAGGGAUCUGUUACAUGCUGAUUGUCCCAGGUUUUUUUUUUAAUGUAUUCGUUACCAAAUGACAAAAAUAAAGCAAAAUCACCCUUGCA